AUGGGCUCUGUACGAGUCUGCUGGGCCCCUGGCCACCCACAAAUACCUGAGAAUGAGGCAGCUGAUCAAGCUGCAAAGAAGGGUGCUGCCAUGGAUCCUCCCCCUUCAAGUAAGCACUCGUACGCCUCGCUAGGGCGGCGGGCUAAGGCAGAUGUCAUGACUGCUCUUCAAAGAUACUGGCAAUCCUCGGCCCCUCAAUCCUAUCAAGGACUCUGGAUUACCAACUUCCCUAGAAGCCCUACAGAGCUAAAGCUCCCAAGGCCGUUUCUAGCACGGAUCCUGGCUGCUCGUACGGGCCACGGAGACUUUGCAGCCUAUCACGAACGAUUCAAUCAUGAAGAUGCCUAUCUUUUCUGCCGCUGCGAAAAUCCGUGGUUUCAAGGUCAAACAUGGGGCGAAUACCUUGGUGAAACACUUAGCGCAAUGCUCGGACAGCUUGCCAGAAAUAGGCAGAGCCCUGUGCGUGACCAAGAGGUGUUCAUUGUUGGUUUGUACGGCCCUUAUCUCUACAUUGCUCGUGGAUUCUUUACUGCCGCCACUAUCGCCAGGGUGCAUACCAAAGGAUGUGCAGAAGGCGAGACCACGGAGUUGAAGUUCACUCGAAACUAUGAUCUACGCUAG